UUUUUGCUUGUUAAUGUUGUGUUCCUUAUUAAUACGCAAUUGUGACUGUUUAAAAGUGAAAAUACCAACUUGCUUUAGACCGCGUAAUGCACGUUUAAAAAACAAACACAAACUAAAUGUAAACAUGCAAGUGACCUACGCGCCAAAUUCUCAACAAACACGUGUUAUGAAACUACCUGGUUACAUUGUACUACAGAAGUUUAGUAGUUUUAAAAUUGUGAAUACGACUAGUACUGUAGAAUAAUGUUGUGGCUUUAUAGCACUCGUUACUUCUGUGCAUAACAGAUUAACUAUUGUGUCGUUAACUGUAGGGUUGUAGUCACUGAAGGGGUUAGACAAAACGCACAUUUUGUAUCCCUUUCACCAUGCACCCUGUCAGCUGCAUCCCCCUGCUGCAAGUCAAUUUCAGUCACGAUGGACAAGAGAGUCAUUAAUAGCUUUCUUGCUUCCAACAAGUAUUCAUACAGCCCAUCAUUAUUUAUCAUAAAACAUAUUUGUGUUAGAAUGCAGCAACACAUUUUUCUUCCUUGAGAAUCUGCAUGUUUUGGCAAUUUAAACAAAAUGAAUUAAUCUUUUUUUCUACAGUCAGAUAUACUGUGUUUGUAAUGCAGUUUAAAAUGUAAGAUCUAUGUAGUGCCAACGUAUCUGGUGUUUUACAGCAUCAACAUAACUCUGAAAGUUUCAUUUCAGAAUGCAGUUCUAUUUGGGAAUCCCCUGGCACAGGCAGAGAGAUUAUCUAAUGUGUUACUCACUGUUGUGUGACUCAGCACCUUUAAGGCAGUCAUUUUAAUGUUUUCUAUCAUCUUAUUUCUCUGCAGUAUUCCUGUGCAUGCUAGUUUAGCCCUUUCAGUCCUGUAUUAUUUUGCUGAAGAAUAAACUCCUUUAUUGAGUAUACAUUCGAACAGGACAGAAUAUUUUUUUAACAUAUAUUUAUACACUACCUCGGACUGGGACGUGACUUACGACGGCAUAUGUUAACGUACAGCUCUAAAAUAAGGUGGGACCUUGAGGUCCUGCCAGGGCUGAAAGGGGAUGGCUGCUGCUGUCUCUCCCAUUGCAAUGAUCGUGCCUGAAGAUGAACUCAAGUGUCCCAUCUGCCUGGACCUGAUUGACAACCCGGUGACAAUCCCCUGUGGACACAACUUCUGCAUGAAGUGCAUUGUCAAGUACUGGCCGAGGACACUCUCCUCGUCUUACUCGUGUCCUCACUGCAGGAAAUCGUUCUCCAGGCUCCCCUCCCUGCACCCGAACACCAUGCUGCGCUCCAUGAUAAAGCAUGCAGUGAAAAGCAAAGGGCUGAAGCCAAACUCUGCAGUGGCACGGGACGGGGACGUGCACUGCGACGUCUGCACAGGUACGAAGCUCAGGGCCGUGAAGACAUGCGUGAACUGCCUGGCUUCUUUCUGUGAUGUUCAUCUCAGGCCUCACCUGGAGAGCAGUGUGCUGAGGCUGCACGGGCUGAGGGACCCCGUCUCAGACAUGCAGGAGAUCUUGUGCAAGCACCACAAGAGGCUGCUGGAGUACUUCUGCAAGAAGCACUGGGAGUGCCUCUGCAGUCUGUGCCUGGUGAAGCACCGGAAGUGUCCGACUCAGACAGUGGAAGAGCGGCGAGGGGUGAAAGAGGCCGAUUACAAAAGAAAACUAAUAGCUAUUAAAACCCAGAAAGAUAACAUCCAGGAAGCAAUUAAUAUUGUGGAGGACACAGAGGUUGAGAUAAGUGUAACUGCUAGUCAGUUUAAGGCUGAUGUAACCAAGCACUUUGUUGAUCUCGGAGAGAUCAUUGCUGGCACACAGAAGAAGGCUAUUGCCCUGAUUGAAGCUGAAGAGCUGGAGGCCUUGGGGCAAACAGAAAGCGUCUUGGAGUUGCUGAACUUGAAAACCCAGAAGCUGGAGGAAUGUGAAGAUGAAAUUAACGAACAAAUCAAUGAGACUGACCUUUUUGAUUUUCUAAAGCACAAACUGGUGUUGCCUCCUCUGUAUGAGACUGAACAGUUACCCUCACCUGAAAUAAAGCUGAAUGGAUGGGUGGUUGAGAAAAUAACCAGCGCUUUAAUUGCCCUGAAAAGCAUCCUAAAUACCCAGCUGGAAUCAGUCCUGGAUCUACAAGAAACAGACCCAGAUUCAGGGGACUUUGAUUUGGUCAGUGGACGUCGGAAGCCAAGGAGCAAACUAAUGCAAUAUGCCUGUGGGUUAAGCUUUGACUCCAGCACUUCCAGUGCAUCUGUUCUGCUGUCUGAAGACAGCUGUGCCGUGUCUGUCGAAGAGGCUGACCUACAGGCCUGGAAGGACUACGUAGUCAACGUUGACAUGGGCUUCAGAAUUCUGUGCACUCAAGGCUUCCAAAGCAGGCAGCACUACUGGGAAGUGCACCCCCCGGUGGACAGAAACAGCAACUGGGCAAUCGGAGUGUCUUACAGGACUGCAUCCGAUCGCUACCGCACUUUGGGUGAGGACAAGACAUCGUGGUGCAUAAAAUCACGUGUGCACAUGAAGGAGGCUGCAGGAUCUGAACUGCCUUCCCAGGGUCUUUUUGCUUAUCAUGACGGUGUAGCCCAUGAAGUCCCUCAGCAGUAUCCCAGGAACGUGGGAGUCUAUCUAGACUGCGAUAGGGGAUUCGUGUCUUUCUUUUCUGUGUCCGACACCAAGGCCACUUUCUGGUAUAAAUACAAGGUUCUGUUCACCGACCCUGUGCACCCUGCUGUCUGGCUGAGAGAGCCCAAAAGUAAAAUGAAAAUCAGUGAACAGAGCUCUAGUAAGAGUCAGGUCUCUGAGGUAAUGGAUUAGUCUUUGAGUUCUAGAUUCCUGCUGAGAUAAGCAGGUUUAAAUAAGAGGCUAAGAAUUGGUUCAGUAUUGGUGAUGGGGUCUACGGUUCAGCAAAUGGUUUACAAGGCUUCCUGGUUGCAGUAAGUCCAAAUCCUUUGGUAUUUUAAGUGAAGUGGCUGAUUUAAACUGCUAUAGGAAUCACUGCAAAGCAUUGCUUGGAUAAAGAGUUGCAGACCACGAGAAGCAGUUUACUUUAUCAUUGCUGCAUCCUAUGUUGUAUGUGUCGACGCAAUAUAUUUUGUCAACAUUAUCCUGAUUGUUUGGUAUAAAGUCAGCUGGGGAAAAAGAACAAAAACUUUUUUUUUUUUCAUUCGAGAGUGCUGAAUCUCAGAAAAAGGAUUUGUCUGAUGAGAGCCAUGGUGUAUCCAGAUCAUACCGCCAUCCUGCAACUCUGAAAAAUAUAUUGCUGCAAUACAUACAUACAUACAUACAUACAUACAUACAUA